AUGUCUACACAAGAAGAUCCAUUUACCCAUCCAGACAAUCCAUCUCCUGACAACGCGUCCAGUCCGCCUGCAAACCCCUUCGCAGACCCUACCACGCCACCCCCCGAAGUCUUCAAGUACCCUCAGUUCCAACGGGCAGGAUCCCUCCGUCAGCAAUGGCUGACUGACCCUGCAGUCAAGUGCCCCAUUGAGAAAUCCACCCUACACUUCCGAGACCUGUGGAAAGAAGGCUUUGACAUCCAUUUCUUUCGAGAUGGCCCGCCGUACCAGUGCAUCGCGGAUGUAAUCACCCUCGGCCUGCCAAUUGAGUUCCGGCCCAAUGUCAUGGACGAUAACUACUACGGCACCACCAUAGUCAAGCUCGCCGCCCAUUCCACCCCCGAAAAGUGUAUUCCAGAGUGUGUCUGGACCGGCCGGUGCGCCCCUGGCGUACUCUGCAUCGAAGAUAUGGAGCGGCUCCCGGGCUCAGAACUCCCGUACAUCUCGCAGAUUACCAGAGCCAUCUUCCAGAAAAACUGCAGCAUCUUGACGCUGAGAUAUGUGUUCGUGUGCUCGGUUGUCAAUGUGGAGACGAUGGAUUUCGUUGAGAAGCAAUUGUACACGCCGAUGAAUAAUCUCUCGUUUCCAAGCCGUGAGGAGCGCAGUUGGGAAGAGGGCACACCUGAGUAUCAGGCGCUCCUUGGGACGCGUAUUGGUAAGGUUGUGGCUAACUUUGUGUUGUGUACGUUUGACCGCGGCACAAAGCGGAUUGCGCGGAUUGUGACGUGGUAUGCUGGGUUCAAUAUGCAUGACUUGCAGUUGCGGUUUGAUCUUCAGUCUAUCGUUUGA